CUUGAGAAGAACAAAAGAGUGUCACGACUUGAAAGACAGCCUUGAAUUCCAAAGCAACACAUCAGAUACAUCUUGCAAAACAUUGCCCAAAUUAAUCUGAGGGAAGGCUGAAGAAACCAGAUUUCAUCAAAGUCCAAGAUGGGGAGCAGUGGAGAGGAGGGAAAACUGUUACGGAGACUGUCCCGAAUGGGAAGCCGGGGAGCACUUAGGGAACCUCCCCAACCUCCCCAACCUUCCCAGCCUCCCCCGCUUCCCCAGCUUCCCCAGCCCCCCCAGCCUUCCCAGCCUCCCAAACCUCCAGAGCAGGCCACCCCCCCUCCGAAACCUCCUGUCCCAACCACGAAACCCUCCAUCGCAGCCCCCAUCUAUGCCAAACCUGUUCCCAAGCCACCACCCGCAACCCCAAAAAACAACACGAAAAUGUUCGACGACACCAAACACGGACACAUCAUCCUAAAGGGUUUUCAGCACUUCCGGGCAGAUGAGACGCUCUGUGAUGUUACUUUGGUACCAGGCGACAGCAAUGAAUCUUUCCCAGUGCACAGAGUCAUCAUGGCCUCAGCCAGUGACUUCUUCAAAGCCAUGUUCACAGGAGGGAUGAAAGAGCAAGAGCUGAAAGUGAUAAAGCUUCAUGGUGUUAGAGGCGCUGGGCUGCGGAACAUCAUUGCCUUCAUCUACACCGGCAGUGUCGAGCUGAGUCUGGCUACCCUGCAGGAUACACUGGAGGCAGCCAGUUUCCUGCAGGUGUUACCUGUCCUGGGCUUCUGCAAGGAGCUGCUGAUCAAUGAGGUCACUAUAGACAAUUGUGUGGAGGUGGAGCGCAUUGCAAGCAACCUGCACCUGAUGGAAGUCCAGACCUACAUCAAUGAAUUUGUCCUUGAGAACUUCUCAGAACUGGUCCAAAGCAAUACAUACUUGAAGCUUUCCCUGCCCAGCAUGCAGCAUGCCCUGGCCAGUAAUGGCCUCAAGGGCUUCUCCGAAAUGGCGCUGUACCAGGCAGCUCGUGGAUGGCUUGAGCACGACCGCGCCGGUCGCCGGCAGCACACGUAUGACCUAAUGUGCAAAGUUCGCUUCCCUCUGAUGAGCCCCGCAGAACUGCUGCAGAUCUCCCAAGAGGAUGACGGCACCCUCAGAGCUCACACAGAAUGUGUCAACCUUCUGCUGGAGGCCAGCAACUACCAGAUGAUGCCAUUCUUGCAGCCGGCCCUCCAGACGGAACGAACACAGAUCCGCUCUGACGCCACCCACUUGUUGGCCUUGGGUGGGGUGAUGAGGCAACAACUGGUGGUCAGCAAAGAACUGCGUCUCUACGAUGAAGAGGCUCAGUCCUGGAGGGCCCUGCGGCCCAUGGAGGGCCCUCGCUAUCAGCAUGGCGUGGCCCUCAUUGGUAACUUCUUGUAUAUCGUCGGGGGGCAGGACAACUAUGACACCAAGGGCAAGACAGCAGUGGACACUGUGUACCGCUAUGACCCCCGCUUUGACAGAUGGCUGCAAGUAGCUUCUCUCAAUGAGAAGAGAACGUUCUUCCACCUCAGUGCCCUCAAGGGGAAGCUCUACGCUGUUGGCGGCAGAAAUGCUACAGGGGAAAUUGACACAGUGGAAUGCUACGACCUCAAAAAGAACGAGUGGACGUUUGGGGCACCAAUGGUAGAGCCGCACUAUGGGCAUGCUGGGACAGUUCAUGGAGACCUAAUGUAUGUCUCUGGGGGCAUUACGCGAGACACGUUCCAGAAAGAACUGUGGUGCUAUGACCCAGAUGAAGACGGCUGGAGUCGCCGGGCAGAUAUGACCGCGCUCCGCGGCCUGCACUGCAUGUGCACAGUUGGAGACCGCCUCUACGUUAUGGGCGGAAACCACUUCAAGGGUGCGAGUGACUACGACGAUGUGCUGAGCUGUGAGUUUUACAGCCCCGACACAGACCAGUGGACCAACGUGGCACCGAUGCCUCGAGGCCAGAGCGACGUGGGCGUGGCCGUUUUCCAAGGCCAAGUGUACGUAGUGGGAGGAUACUCGUGGAACAGCCGCUGCAUGGUGGACAUUGUGCAGCGCUACGACCCCGAGCAGGAUGUGUGGGAGAAGGUGUUCCACGUGCUGGAGCCCCUCGGUGGAAUCCGGGCCUGUUCCAUGACUGUGCACCCACCCGAGGGCUCCGUGGAGGCUCAGAUCCAGGAGUGUCCGCUCUCCAGCCCCAAGAACUAGCGUAGACGUUUGAGUCGUUACUGACAACUGAAAUGCAUUGCCGAAGAGCAUUUGUAGAUGGAUUCCAAGGAAAAACAUUUGAACAUUUCUUUUUCACAGCAGUUUUGCCAUAUUGUUUUUCUAUUAUUCACUGUGUGUUGGAAGAACAGUUUAUGCCGUCGAGAGAAUUUGCUGUG